UUGAUAAAGAGCUCGAGGCCUGACCUGCUUACGCUGAUCUUGAGCGUCUCCCCUCUGCUAUCGCGUCUCUCUUCCCUCCCUUCCUCCGUACAGUCAGUGAGCCAUUCUUGUCUGAGUGAAGGGCAACGACAGCUAUCAUGGAUCCACUUGACGACAAGAGCCGAGCGGCUCACGUCGAGAUGGACGACUACACCAUGGCCAUGGACGAGAAGAAGGGUGUCGCCGAUUACAAGGCGGAUGCCAUCGAAGCAGAAAAUGCUGAGCACAACAUGACCGUGAUCGAGGCGGUGCGAGCUUACCCGAUGGCCACCUUCUGGGCGUUUGUCAUGUCUUCGACCAUUAUCAUGGAGUCAUACUGUGUUUUCCUCAUCGGCAACUUUCUCGGCCUCCCUGCCUUCACUACCCGUUUCGGCAUUCCUGACCCUACCGCAACAACUUCCGGUGGCUACGUCGUCGCCUACAAGUGGCAAUCGUCACUUCAAGUCUCAGGCCAGCUUGGUGCACUGGUCGGCGUGUUCCUUGCUGGCCCUUUGACCAGUGCAAUCGGAUACCGCUGGGCCACCAUCCUUGGUCUUAUGCUCCUCAACUGCUUCAUCUUCGUCUUCUACUUCGCCGAGUCUAUCGAGGUCAUCUUCGCUGCGCAAAUCCUCGAGGGCAUUCCGUGGGGUAUUUUCAUCGCCAACGCACCUGCUUACUGCUCUGAGAUUGUGCCCAUCAAGCUACGAGCGCCGGCUACCCAGAUGUUGCAAAUGUUCUGGGCUAUCGGGUCGAUCAUCGUUGGUGCCGUGACAUACCGUUACAACACUCUGCUCACUCCUGAUGCAUACAAGAUCCCAAUCGCGCUUCAAUGGAUGUUCCCAACACCACUCAUAAUUCUCAUGUUCCUUGCGCCAGAAAGCCCGUACUGGCUUGUACGGAAAGGAAAGCUCGAGCAGGCGGCAAAAUCGGUUGCGCGUCUUGGACGCAAGACACAAGUUAAUGCGAGCGAGACUGUGGCCAUGAUGCGGCGUGUCAUCGAACUUGAGAAGACCGACAAAUCGCCCAAUCACCUCGAACUAUUCAAGGGCACUGACCUUCGACGCACGCUUAUUGUCUGUGGUGUCUACGCGGCGCAGAAUCUCACUGGCAACUUGAUCGCUAACCAGGCCGUGUACUUCUUCGAACAGGCUGGCAUCUCAAACAACCUCGCAUUCGCAUUGGGGUUGAUCACCUCCGCCCUCCAAAUGAUCUUCGUCAUGCUCUCCUGGAUCCUCACUACCGUCAUGGGCCGACGCACCAUCUACGUGUGGGGCUCGCUCAUCAACACCUGCUUCCUGGUCGCUCUAGGCAUCGCGGCUUCAGUCGGGAAGAGCACUUCAGCUUCGUUGGCGCAGGCGUCUCUAGGCCUGAUCGUUUCCGUCGGCUUCACCCUCGGCCCUGCGCCCGCCUCAUGGGUUAUCAUCGGAGAGACUUCAGCUAUCCGUUUGAGGCCUUUGACAACCGGUAUGGGUCGUGCGGCAUACUACAUCGUCGAGUUCCCUUGCAUCUUCCUCGCCUCCUACAUGCUCAACCCUCAAGGCGGCAAUCUCGGUGGCAAGUGCGGCUACGUCUGGGGUGCUACAGGGUUCAUCUGUUUCGUCCUGGCCUACCUUUACCUGCCAGAGAUGAGGGGCCGGUCUUACCGCGAGAUUGACAUUCUUUUCAGACGUAAGGUUCCAGCUCGUAAGUGGACCAAGACGGAGGUUGAUGUCAAUGCGGACGAGUAAGCUGGCAAAUGACCGUCGAACAUGUUUCGGAGCGUGGUCAUCGCUAGGGCGUGAAGAGAAAGCAAGUGGAUAUGAAAAUGAUCAGACUUUAACGAGGCUACCUCGGCCGCAAUCACGUGCCACGACCCAACCACCAAAUGGCUGAAGCAAAAGCAGCGCGUCUUGCAAACCUCACUUAGCCCAAAACUGCUCACCUUGGUCAAGGUCAUGUUUGGUCUACUUCCGAGCUUUGAUCAAACACUUUUGCCGUUGGCCUCACCGCCCGGCGUUUCGCAGCCUUCCUCUGGCUUGUCUUACCAACUUCACAACGACUGCACUGCCUGCAAUAAGGUCUCUUUAUACUGGCGAAAGCUCAGAAUUGCGAGGCUCAGUCUUCAUCUUGUU